AUGGUAAAGAAACCGAUUCAUGCUCAUCAACUAUUCUAUUGUGCGAAGCGAACUACUUGGAUGGAAAUUCGUGCAUUUAUUUAUAGAUGCUUCUUUUCUAAGAAAUAUCAAGUACUUAUUCGGCCUGAUUUACUUCCAUUAUUAAUUCAAGAUAAAUUUCUUCCAUUGCUUAAUAACUUGAUAGAAGAUUAUCCAACACGUCCUUUUCGAUUAGGUAUAAUUACAACAAAAACUGCUUCUCACAUACAGUUAAUUAAUGCAAUUAAGACUCGCAUUAAUAUUAACAUAUUACAUGAUCAAAAACUUUUAUGCAAAGAUGACCUUACUUCUCAAAUUCAGAAUUUACUUCAUCAAUGCACAAUAGUCACAUCUCGUCUAUCUGGUUCGGGUAAAUCACAAUUCAUUGAGAAAGAAAGUCAUCGACUGGGUAAACAGCUUAUCAAAUUUCCCAUUGGUGGUGAUAUAAAAGCGGAUGAGAUAGCCGAUCGACUUCGGAUUUUACAUGAUAAAUCAUUAAAAACAUCGAUUCUACAUCUUGAUAUUGGACACGUUGAGAAUGUGUAUGAUCUCGAUGAAUUAUUGUAUUGUCUCACACUUUUUCGUAGUUUUUGUUUUGGUCAAUCGGCUGUGCAUGUACCAAGUGAAACACUCUUUUACAUUGAACUUGCUUCAUCUCCUUACAUUAAAAUAAAUGAACGUCUUCUAUUAUGUCAAUAUCUUAAGCCUGUUUAUCUCAAUGAAGUAAACUGGGAUGAACUCGACUGUAACAGUCCAAGGAUUCAAUUUGUCGCCAAAUAUCUGAAUGCGAUUGAUACAAGUACAAUCACAAAAGAAAAUAUUAAAUUAGAUGAUGAAAAAGUAAUCGAUCGUACAACCUGUAUGACAUUAAUUCAGAAACAUUUUCUGCAAAAUAAAAAUCUGGAAUUCGUCACAUGGACACAAUUAUGUGUUUUUAUGUCAGUAUUUUAUUCUCUCUUUAAUGGAUUUUCUAUCUGUGGUUACUUUCUUGUUGAAUUUGUGGACCAACCUCAAUUACGACUAGACAUUCUUCAAGCACUUCUUCGUUCUUCAAAUCAAUUCACCUCAGUAUCUGUAGAAAAGGUGCGACAGCAACAACGCGCUAGUCUAAUUGAUGACCCAGAGACUCAUCAACCAGAGUUGACUGAUGCAAUCGUUCGUUGGGAGAAUACUCAACCGUUUACACUUGUUUUUACAGCAACUCAUGAUCCUUUAUUUGUUUACAAAACAAUCAAUGAUAUACCACAAUCACUUCGGAACUAUUUCAAUGAUUUUCAACAGAUCGUUUCUCAGCGAACGACUCAGAAAGCUAAGAGUACUAUUACACCAUUAAAUAACACUGUUGAUAACAUACUUUCUGAUUAUAACAAACUUUCACAUGUGGAAUUAUUUCAAAAGCUUGCUUCAUUAUCAUACAAAUAUUUCAACAAGGCUGUUUGUAUUAAAUGUUUUAAACAAUAUCCGUACAAAACACAACAAUGUACACAGUGUCAUACAAACGAGAACAUUCUUCGACCAGAAACUCUCGAUAAUUGUGAUGUCUUAGUGUUUCAAACCAAGAUCGCCAAUUUACUUGAAGCCGAAUAUGUUCUCACUCCCGACAACUAUGUUAAAAUGUUACUAAUCUAUAUGCGUAUACAAAGUGGUCUUCCAGUAUUGAUUAUGGGAGAAACAGGUAAAUCUCUUGUUAUUUAUGUUGUUCAAAGGCAUGUUACAUAA